CGCUGGAUCGCCGCUCGCCGAGGGGCGCGAACGGUGUGUCUGGUGUUUGUAUGCAAGGCAGUUUAAUGCCGUUAAACCGCACCCGUAGUCCAGGGUAACUGUCAGGUGUUUGUUCGGAAGCUGGCGUGGACUCCACACAAUGUGCCCAAAACGUGAUACUGAAAGUAAAAGGAAAAUGAAUAAAAAGCGUGCAGAUAACAAUGGAAACUUGAUUUAAGACCAAAAAUGUCCCAGAAAGAAUCUAAGCAAGAAAAAAAAGGCUCCCACAGGACGGAGCUUUAUACCGAGGUGCCGGCGAGGUGCCUGCCCAUUGUUUACUCUCCAGAGUACAACAUCACCUUCCUGGGGCUUGAGAAGCUCCAUCCGUUUGAUGCUGGGAAGUGGGGCAAGGUCGUUCACUUCCUAAAAGAGGAGCAGUUUCUAACAGAUGACAACAUCGUUGAGGCGCGGGAGGCCAGCGAGGAGGAUCUGCUGGUGGUGCACACCAGGCGCUACCUCAACAAGCUGAAGUGGUCCCUGGUGGUGGCCACCAUUACGGAGAUCCCACCCCUCCUCUUCCUGCCCAAUUUUCUGGUCCAGAGGAAGGUGUUGAGACCCCUGCGUACGCAGACUGGGGGGACCAUCAUGGCGGGCAAGCUGGCCAUAGAGCGAGGAUGGGCGAUCAAUGUGGGUGGGGGCUUCCACCACUGCUCCAGUGACAAAGGGGGGGGCUUCUGCGCUUAUGCUGAUAUUACAUUAUCCAUCAAGUUUCUGUUUGAGCGUGUGGAGGGCGUAUCCAAGGCGACCAUCAUCGACCUCGAUGCUCAUCAGGGAAACGGUCAUGAGCGAGACUUCCUCGAGGACAGACGCGUCUACAUUAUGGACGUCUACAACCGCUACAUCUACCCAGGCGAUGGAUAUGCCAAACGGGCAAUAAAGAGGAAGGUGGAGCUGGACUGGGGCACUGAGGACCAGGAGUACUUGCAGAAGGUGGAGCUUCACUGCGAGGGGGCCCUGAACGAAGUGCGACCCGACAUUGUGGUGUACAAUGCCGGCACGGACAUCCUGGAUGGCGACCCGCUGGGGGGCCUUGCGAUCUCGCCGCAGGGCAUCAUUAAGAGGGACGAGAUUGUGUUUCGGGCCGCCCGGAGGCGGGGCAUCCCCAUCCUCAUGGUGACGUCGGGAGGCUACCAGCGGAAGACGGCGCGCAUCAUCGCCGACUCCAUCCUCAACCUGCAGCGCCAGGGCCUGGUGGGGUGUGGGGCUGCCGACGAGGCAGGGCCAUCGUUGGCCCCUGGCACCGCUUGUGGGCCUGUUUGCGCAGGGGUGCCGACCCCCGCUCGCUGAAUGCCCCUGCCUGCCUUUCCGGCAGGGAGAGGGUAGGGUUGUGGACAGGCAGCUCUCUCAGGGAAUGUUCUGGAUCCCCGCGUUCUGCUCAUUUUAAUGCGCAGCUCUCACAGCUCGGGUGCGAUCUGAUCCCCACCCGACACCGAACAUUUCUGCCACUCGAGAUUUUUUCUCUAUCUUUCCUGGUGUCUGUGCUGCUGUUAGCCGGUGCUGGUGAUGGGUACUUACGGAACCACUAAAAAAAGCAAUUUAUGCUUCUGCUCGUGUUUAACUAUGCUGUUUUAUGCACUGUUAAAAGGGGUAAUGCUUGUUUGCACAUGAUAUUGACGAUUAUGAGGACUGUUGAAAUUGAUUUUUAAACAUAGGAAUAUUAACGUUGGAAUAGGAUCCCGAGGGAAUGCCGAUUUCGAAGGGAAAUCUAACACUACUUUUUCUUCAUAAUAUUUAUUAUAGUAUUAGUUAAAUUCCAACACUAUUGAAAAUUUGCACUGAGUAAUCUUUUCUGCUAGAAAGAAAUUAUAAUAGUCUUGUAUUUUGCAUAUCUGAAGUUGGGGGACAAGUGUUGAACACAGUGUGAAAAUUCCUGACCUUUCUUACUAUUGGAAGCAUAAUCUUAAAAUGAUGAAUAGGCGACAAAGUCUGUGAAUGUUAUUUAGCGUGUAGUUAUUUAGCAUCAAUAUUCCAUAAAAAGUAAGGCAAAUUUUUGUGUUUUUAUUGUAUGUUUACAUGUGAUAGUAUUACGUGAGAACGAUGCUCAGUUAACGUGCUUGUGACACAGACAUCUAUGUGUGAGAUAUGUGUUUCUCCCGGGGAGGGUGACGGUAGCAUUGUAGGGUCUCCUAAAAUACCGCGCUCAACUUUUUCAUUAACUGUUCGGCUGUUUUCUCUGCUGUAAAAGUUGUUUAAUUUUUUUGUUUCAUGUUGUAUCUUAAUUAAUCACCGCAGACACUGCGAUUUGCGAGAAGCCGAGGGAGAGAGAGCGGCGCCAUGGCCUAGUUUGGUAACUCUGCUCUGUCUCACGCUGAGCGCCGUCCUGCCAAGUUUCAUGAAGAGCAGAGACUAUUCACGCCGCAUCCCACCGCCAUCUUCGGUUUGAGCCGAGCGCGGGGUGCGAGCCAGCCUUCGCAGCGCCUCUAAUUACACUUAAUAAGGCACCGAGUUGCCACACGUCUCCUCUCUCCAACCUGCUCUUGCAGAAAUUCAGUUAAACUCUCCACGACACCUAUAGCCGCUGUACUCAAUGCCUCCUUUCUUGCUUAGAAAUUUCAAGUGUCAGUACAGGAAGAUGGCAUUUUAAUCCUGAUAUAAUAUACAAGUUUUCACUUCACAAAUGGGUAAAUAGUUUAAAGUAGCACUGCAAGUCAAGCUGGGGAAAAGGAUUAAUGAAUAAAUAAACAAAUAAAUGAAUAAAAUUUCCCCAGUAUGUUUAGCCCCAUGUUUUGUAAUACCAGGUUUAAUGUAUAUAUUGACUUCAGACUUUUCUUAGAAGAGGAAGAUUUGAGUGAGCAAAGUGUAUUCCUGUGCUAAUUCAUAAGAUACUUUGUCUUUUCGUAUUAACAGUGAGUGUAGAACAGCUUGUUUUUUAUCCAUUUCUACGUGUAUUAUUGCAAUAAUAUUCUUUGUGAGGGAGACUUUAUGAAGAAAAAACCAACAGUGCUAUGAAACUAGGAAAUAGCUGUGUGACUGUGUAAGAUUGUUGGUAAAGUAGUAAUUAUUCUCUUAUUUUUUUUCCCUUUGCACGGUGAGUUCUUCAUUUGUGUUCAAAGGUGUUUGUCGUGUGUCGUCACAAACUUCCGCUCGACCCUUUUAAGCGUCCGUCGCAGCGGGUUGCAGGUCCCGCUCCCGCUGCCUCCAGGUGCAUCCACAUGUAAUUUGGCCCAUUUAUGAAGAUGGGGAGGGGUAAAUUGCAGGUGCGCAUUCUUUUUCGGUCACGUUUGUGCCUCGCUCCCGUGACAUGUGCGUCUGACCCCCAGCUGAGCAGACACAACGGAGAGGAACGCCAACGACCGCGUCGCCCCGGGGUGUUAAUGGAGUGACGUCUUACAUGUUCUGGACUUCAUUACUGAAGUUCUUUGAACUAAUUACAGAAACAGUGCAUAGUAUCGAGGUGUAAUGCCUCUCAGACAUAUAUGUAUGGGACGCUGUUCCUUGUAACUACUGUUUUUAUCUCGUUCUGCCAGUGCUUUACAGAAAUACAUCUAAAUGUUGCUCAUUUACUGAAACCGAACUGAAUUUGCUGCUUUUCAUUAGUUCCCCACAGGACUCUUCUCACCUGAGGAUCCGCUAAGAUAGAUACUUACUUUGGAAGGUCGUGUCACCUUUUCCCAUAACUGCAGCUCUACUCCUGAUUCUGUGUCGUUUACCAGGUUUAUACACUUUUCUGUAAAAGUAAGGAUUUAAAACAAUUUCUUCGUAGUUAACGCAGAGGAAAAUGUUCACAAGUGCCAAAAAUAAUUUUGCUGAAUGUCAUUUGUCUUCCUCACUUGUGACUUGUCGGUUUUCUUUUGACAAUAUCUGAUCUGUUUACAGUACAGAUAAUGGAACAUAACAACCAUAAUAAAUGUGAUGAACUUAG